UUUACAAUUGAACAUUGCAAUAAAUGGUUCAGUUGACAAUGGAGAUGGAAAAAGUUUUAUUAGCAUAUUCGGGAGGUCUCGAUACAAGUUGCAUUCUUAAGUGGUUGAUACAAAAAGGAUUUGACGUUAUUUGUUUCGUUGGUGAUGUGGGACAAAAGGAAGAUUUUCAAAGUGUGAAAGAUAAAGCCAUCAAAAUUGGUGCAACUGAAGUUGUUGUUAAGGAUUUGAGAAAUUUAUUCGUUGAACAUUUCGUUUGGCCAGCUGUAAAAAUGGGUUUGAUUUAUGAAAAACGUUACUUACUGGGAACAGCUCUAGCCCGACCUUGCAUUUCAUUAGCUUUGAUAGAAACUGCGAAAGAAUUCAAUUGUAUGUACAUAUCACAUGGUGCGACUGGUAAAGGCAACGAUCAGAUUCGAUUUGAGUUGUCAUGUUAUGCAUUGAAUCCACAUCUAAAGGUUAUCGCUCCUUGGCGCUUGCCUGAGUUUUGUGAGAAAUUUCAAGGAAGAAACGAUUUAAUGGAAUUUGCAAAAGUGAAUGCCAUCCCUGUCAGUGCAUCUCUUAAAUCACCAUGGUCAACUGAUUCUAAUAUUAUGCACACCAGUUUUGAAGCAGGCGUUCUUGAAGAUCCCGCGCAAAUAGCACCGGAUGAAAUUUUCAUUUCAACAAAAAGUCCAAUGAAAGCUCCAGACACUCCAAUCUUAAUUGAAAUUGUCUUCAAUGGUGGAGUUCCCAUUCGUUGUGUUGAGACUUCAACAGGAAAAACUUUCGAACAGCCAUUGCAUAUUCUCGAGUACCUCAAUCAGAUUGGCGGUGAACAUGGGAUUGGACGUGUUGACAUUGUUGAAAAUCGUUUUAUUGGCUUAAAAUCUCGUGGGGUAUAUGAAACGCCUGGUGCACGAAUUCUCUUUGAAGCACACCAAGACCUUGAAAUUUAUUGCCUUGAUCGAGAGAUCUUACGCGUUAAAAGCUUAUUAGCUGACCGAAUGGCUGAUUAUGUCUACAACGGGUUCUGGUUUUCGCCUGAAGCUGAAUAUGUUAAACACUGUGUCGAGGAGUCACAGAGAACCGUCAAUGGUCGAGUAACGGUUGAAAUUUUUAAAGGCAAUUGUUGGGCGGUAUCAAGAGAAUCGUUAUAUUCAUUGUACAAUCAAGAAUUAGCUUCAAUGAGUGUUCAUGGGCAACUCAACCCUUCAGCUGCCACGGGUUUCAUUGAAAUCAACGCGAUUCGGUUGAAAGAACAUUACCGGGCUUAUCAUAAUGCAACUCCUAACAAUAUUAAAGGGUUGAGUCGUAAUUUUUCCAGAGUUAAAUUAACUUAA